AUGGAGAAGUCUCGCUUACAGUCGCCGCCGGUUAAGGUCCUGGCUGCGCAGCUGAAGCGGUGCCGCCAAGUCCCUGGUGGCUCGUGGUUGUUGGACCGGGAAGAGUACGGACGUCCGGCGUUACCCGUGUCUCUGGUCUGGAUGCAGGGCAAAGUAUUGACGGUAGAGCAAGAUGGUUCGACUGUGAGGUUGCUGGACGAGAGCGGCUCUUUUGUGGUCUCCGGCAUGGAGAGAGUCCCUAAGGGAAAACCUUGCCUCAGCCCUGGAAAUUAUGUGAUGGUGAUGGGCUUGGUGCAGGUUUGCAUCCCAGAGCCUGUCCUUCAAGCCGUGAAGAUGACGGGUCUUUCAGACAAUCCCCUGCACAGGACUAUGUGGGAGUUGGAAGUGGAAGAUUUGCAGCGAAGCCUCCUCUCGUGAAUGAAGCUGGCAUGCCAAAAUGGAAUCAUUUCCUGCACGCCUCGCAGUAACAAACCAGAUGGGAUGGAAAUGCGUGGAUUAUUUCCCCACUGGAUUAGUUUGUGCAAAUAAAUCUUUUAUACUUGAGGCACAUGGAUUGUUGCAAAGAUAAAACAUCUAUAUUGAGUAUAUUCAUUGCCCCAUUGUGUAGAGUGCUCUUCUUUCUUCAGACUGGACUUCCAUUAAAGGAGUACUGUGCUAAAAAACAUCUGACUUCAGACAUUACCAUUUAACAUAUGCAAAGACUUUGAAAAUAAUGAUUGUAUCUACCAUUUACAAUUAUAGGAUAAAGCAGUUUUGAUAACAAUGGAUAAUGUUAAUUUGAAGGCUUGUUUUUAAUGCAUAAUGUAAAUGCUUCAAGUCAGAGAUGGAGAACAUCCCCUCAAUGUAGCAAUAGUUCAGAGAAACAAUUAGAUGAAAAGGUUAUACUAUA